GUUUAUAAUAGCUUUUGUUUUUGUUCAGCAAGUGUUCGCAACGACGUUCGGUAUUCCACUCUUCCCUUUUCGAUCUCUGCUAGUUGUGAGAGAAAAUGGAGUCGGAGAAUGAAGAAGGCUCUCCUCUCAGUGGCAUUUUGUGUCUGAAAACAAGACAAGACAUGAAGAGAAUCGAGGAAACAGAGGACUGCUUCAUUCUCGAUUUCGAUCCAUUUGAUUCCUUCGACGUUAAAAGGCUCUCCUUUUCCGGUGCCGACAGUGAGAGAGAUAAAGAUUUAGCCAUCAUCCAUGAGACAGGACAGGUGGCUUGUAGAGAUUACCCACAUCCAAGACAUCUUUGCUUGAAUUUUCCCUUUGGAUCAACUCCGAAUCCAACCCAUUGUCCUCUGUGUUACUGCUACGUCUGCGAUAAGCCUGCUCCUUGUGAAGAGUGGGCUGUUUCGUCUUCGCAUUGCAAUGCUUAUGACUCUACUUUGUGGAAAUUGAUGAGGACAAACUGAAAUCUGGAUUUCAUCAUGAGGAUUAGAGCUUCUUCUUAGGGAACUUUAAUUAGUUUAGUUAAGUUUCUUCAUCUAUAUGACUAGCGUAAUAGAUCGAUGUAUUAAUGUUUUGAGAAGUAAUGUGUUUCGGUUUUUCAAGUAACGAGAUUUCAUCAUUAUGAGAUUGUUAAGCUGUGUAUUGCAAAUUUGAAAGCUUUUGGGUCUUAGGAUUCUUCCAAAGGAGUGAGAUUGAAGCAAGAAGUUGCAUAAGCUUCUCAUGUUCUUUGCUAUCUGCUUUAAACAAAGUUCAGUAAGAAGUAGUAAUAUUGAGGUGUCGUGGACAUUUAAGUGUACACAACAACCUUUGAUUAAGGUUUUGUAACACUAGAUUAUGUUGCUUUAAUUUAACAUCAUAUAUCAAAUAAGG